AUGAUCGCUAAAAAUCAAGCAAUUUAUAUGUUUCAGAAGUUCUCGAAUGAAAAGCUAUUUUCAUCCAUGUUAAUAUUUGUGAUACUAUCAACAACAGAAGCGUAUUUUCCUAAAUCAUCACAGCCACAACCAUGGCCAUAUCCAUGUCAUCAUCAUUCACGAGCAUUACAUUGUCGACCACCAAAACCGCCACGUAACAGUUUAUGUUCUCCAUCUUUGCCAUCUCAUCCACAAUCAAAACCACUAUGUCCACCAUGUCCAACAGUUUCUUACCCCAUUCCACCAUUCUGUCCUGUACUUUGUCCUCCAUCACCAUCAGUAUCUUGUCCUUUAUCAUGUCCACUAUCACCGUUACUCUCCUCACCCAGUCUCCCAGCAUCUUCACCAUCUCAGCAUUAUAAUAUAAGACCGAUUAGCUCCAAUUCUGGUAAGCUUGCAUCUUACUUAGAUGGAAUAUCUGAAAGCCAUCAGGGCAGUUAUAAAACUCAACAGUCUGGUCAUCUUAUAAAUGAUAUUGAAACUGUAACCGGUUUACUGCAUUCCUCGUUUUCUACAAAACCAGAACCAACUGAAUUACUGAAAAACCAGAACCAACCGAAUUCUAGUCAGCAAUUCAAUCAACCAUUUAAUACUUAUUUGUCAAGCAUUAUCCAUGAAAAUGGAUCAAUUCUAUCACAACAACAGCUACGUCAAAUAGCAACUACCGAAAUGGAUGAACCUAUCGCAGGAAUAGCAAAGAAAGCUCAGAAAUAUGGAGCUAAAUAUCUAAUAAAAAGUAACUGCUCAUCGAAUGACAGGAACUGUUUUAUCGAUGAUUUCACUGUACCACCAGAGAAUGACUGCUGCACAAACUGUUCCGCUCCAUGUCGUUUUCGAUAUAUACGAAAGACAUCACUUAGAAGCGAUCAAGUUCAGGAAGUGGAUCCGGUCUGUAAUAAUGAAUUACUGAAACAGAUAAUCGAUAAACAGGUGGAUGAUGACAUCAACAAAUCUAAAAUUCGAAUAGAACGAACAUCACGAUGGUUUCUUGGAGGAUUAUUUGGAGUGAUCUGCGGAAAUGAUAAUUUUGCUUAUGUAAUUCAGACGAAGGAUUUUUGUCAACAUCGAAAAGGAAAUGUUACUUGCUAUGUUUUUCGACCAUUAUUAGAUUACAGUAAAAUCAAUAUCCCGUAA